CGUCGCAAGCCCAUGACGAGGACCUCGUGUUCAAGGGAAGCCCCGGCUGCACCAAUAUCAAGUUCAAUCUACGGUUAAUCUCGACGGUGGGCUGAGAGGCGCCCCCAGAGCGAAGGAUCGUCCCACACUCCCGCGGCAGAAUGCCAAGCUCCGCUUUCUCGAAUAAGACGCGCAUCUUUUAGAUUUAUCGUUCUUCAUAUAAUGUCUUAUGGUGCAUCUAUAACAUCACAACCCGGUUAGUUGCCUUUCCUCGUUUCUGCUCUUGAUUUUGUGUCAUCAUGAAGUUCAGCGCAUUUUUUGUAGUAGCCACUGGCAUUCAGAGCGGGCUCGGGGCAGUCCUGAAACCACGAGAUGACCCACCAGAUGGCAAUGUUCAGGUUCUCGAACCAAAAAACUUCAAGGACCUGGGCUCGAAGCGGGUCAAGAUCAGGUAUGGACCGAUGGUUGUGCCUGGCAUCGACGACGAGUCAACCCAUGGGAUGCAGAGCUUCGAUGGCAUGAAUGCCGCGAUGCCAUGCCAGGAUUGCCUGAUCAUGGCGGCCCUGUCUAAUCUUGAAUUCGAGGAUGGCACGACCGCCAAUGCCAAUACAAGCAUGUCACUGCACCAUACUGUCCUCUUUAAUCUGAAUCGCACCGACGCAACUUGCGAAACCUUCCCUGAAAGGUUCAUGGCUGCCGGUAAUGAGAGGACCCCUCUUGAUCUCACACUUGGAGGUACCCGGAAAGCGGGCUACUACGUGAAGGGCGACGAUCAAGUCUUUAUGAUGACGGAGCUCAUGAACGAGGCCCAAGAAGCGCAAACCGUUUAUCUCACGGCCGAGUGGGAAUUUAUAGAAGGCGUACCCGAGGGCUUCGACCUGGCCGUGCCACUCUGGCUGGACGUGACUGGGACUUGCUCAAGCUCAGAGGUCGCAAUUGACCCCGAAGACAAGAUUUUCAAUUUCACCAUGAGUCCGGAAUGGUCGCCCAAGUUUACUGGAGAUCUCUUUACAAUGGUCGGCCACCUCCACGACGGCGGCCUCAAACAAGAAGUGUACAUGGAUGGGAAGAAGAUCUGCGAGAGCGUGGCACACUACGGCGAGAGCGAGGGCUUCAUGGAGCCAAUGGGACCAAUGGACCCAAUGGCCUCAAUGGAGCGCAUCUCGUCCAUUACCGGGUGCGAUAAUUUUGGCAGCAUCGGUCCGGAUAACAAGUUCAGCAUCACGGCCUUCUACGACCUGACCCAGCACCCGGGGAUGAAAGACCACCAGGGGGGCCUGCAGCCGGUCAUGGGCAUAGAGCUCCUGCACGUUGGUCGCCCAAAGGACGAGGCGAUGAAGGAUAUUUUGUCAUCGAAGCAACCUGAUCUACAGGACAUUCUCGGAUCAUUACCUUAGGCCAGGUCAACAAGAUCUAUUAUCUCUCAGGGGCUAGGUAGGGGUAGAAAUUGGAAGGAAUGGCCACGUCGAUGCACCAUACAUAAAUAAGUAAUACGCGGUAUAUUGCCUGCCGUGGAUACUUGAUUGUCGA